AUGGAGGGGCCAAGGAGUUUGAAAAAGGUAAACGUUUACAAGCGUUUGCCAUAUUUGUACGUAGGAAUGUUUUUCAUCGGAGGUUUGCUUGAAGUAGUUUUUUGUUCCACGAAUUUUUAUCAAAUUUAUAACAUUGGAGAAAGUGAAAAAGAAUUAGAAGAUAAUGUUACAGAGCUUGUGAAAAGAUAUGAACUUAGACAGAAAAUUAAAGAAAAAGCUACACAAAUUUCAGAAGAAUAA